AUGGAAAAUAAAGGUCAAAAUUUAUCAGAAGACAAAGUAAUAGACAGCAAAGAAAGGCUUAAAGAGAUAACCAAAGAAACUACACUCUCAGAUGAAGCUAAGAAUACAAUCAUAAGAGUAAUAGAUACAGCAGCCCAGUCGUCUGAUAUUGAGAUGAAAAAGCGAAAUAUAUUGAAAGCUGAGUUAUCUGAAGGAAAUUAUAAUCCCGAUGUUUUUGAUUAUUAUACUAGAAAUUAUAAGCAGUCUUCAGUAGACAAAUGGCAAGUGGACGAGCUAAAGUCAGUGCUUUAUGAUUUCAAGCAGAAUUACCCUCAAAUUAAGCAAGAUUUUCUGCAGGCCAAUAAAAGGAUUUCGCCCAGAGUUUCUGAAACAAAUAGAUCUGAACCAAAGGGUGCAGGCCCGUUGUUCGUGCACUUUUGAUAUAAUCCCUUGCAUAAAUUUCAUUUUGCUUAUUUAUGGUAAAUUGAUUUUAAAAUGCCAAAAAAAUUUUAACAUACCAUAGACUCAGUUUUAUAUAUAAUGGCAUGUCAAAAUUUUUUUUGACAUUUUAAAAUCAAUUUACCAUAAAUAAGCAAAAUAAAAUAUUACCAAUACAUUAUAGUGUGUAUUUCGCCGAAGUGCGUUUGGCCGAAUAUUGGCUAAAACUUUUUGAUAGCGAGACAUUUGACCAAAAAACCUAUUAAAUUUCAACCAAAUUUCACACUAUUUAAAAAAUUUCGACCAAAUGCACUUUGAUGAAAUUUGUACUAUCAAAAAUACACUUUCAUUUGGCAUGGAGCCGAACCAAAAGCCAUAGAGAGUCUAAAUGAAACGAGUUUUUCAUCUAGAACUCCUCCUCAAAUUUCAUCAGAACCAUCAGAACAAGAUGCCAACAUUCUUGUAAAAAAAAGGGUUGUCACCGAGACAAAAACUACAACGGAAUAUCCAGAAUCUGAGGAGCUAUCACGUCGAAAGACGUAUAGUGAGCCCUCAUCAAACUUAAAACAAGGUCCACUCGAAGAAGAAAGCGCAAUCCCUUUCCGCCAUGCAGAAACUACAAUAACGCACACUAUAGAAGAACCAACAACCUAUGCUGAGCGAAGAGAAAUUAAUAAAUUCACAGAGCCAGAAUCUCUUACUCCAAAGCAACUGGGAAGACCUCUUUUCAAUGAAGGAGAUAUCCCUAUUGAAGAAAAGCAUACAAAAGGCAAAGAGUUUUCAAGAAUUUCAGAAGAGACAACAACAGGCAGACCAAUAAUGAUACAGCCUGAUAUGCCUCUUAGUCAAACUAUCCAUACUAUGGAGUCCGAAGCGCCUCGCUUAAGUGAAGCCACAACCAAAGUGACAGAACUUUACCAAGUUUACACAAUAACGGAGCCAGAUACUGAGCUGUCCACUAGGUCUAUAAAAGUGAAACUAUCACAGUAAUCCCCAUUUAGCCCUGAAAAAAUCCACGCAGCAUCAUAUACUGUAAAAACUUUUCCUUUUGGUUGGUCAGUAAAAAGAAGCUUAAACGAUUUUGCAUGGCUCAGGACUUGUUUGGUUAAUACACAUCCUGGAGUUUAUGCUCCUCCUAUUCCUCCAACUCGCGUUUUAAGAGCCUCAAAAGAAGAAUCUCUAUUGAAAGAUAUGAGGUUUCUGAAUUAUCAUAUGGAUGCUAUCACCCAUCACCCUACACUAAGAAAAUCACCACUUCUCGAAACCUUUUUAAAGGAAACUGACGAGAUGAAAUUUGAGCUCUUCCAAAAAAUGAUGAGCAACGUCAAGAAACCUGACGCAGUCGAAAAUAUUCCAACUGCAGAUGGAGUUACUAUGUGCAAUCCUUCUCUCUCUGAAGAGUACUCCAGUAUUGUUGACCGUUAUUUCGAACCAUCACAAAACUUGGUAAAAAACACUAAAAAGACAUCAGAAAAAACCCAAGAGCAGCUAGUCAGCUCUUCAAACUCCAUAAAAAGACUGGCAGGAGACACAGGGAGCUUAAGGGUAAUGCAGGGCCUUUCACCAGAAAAUAAAACUGAAGCAGAUCUAUAUCAAAUUCUUGAGGAGGCAAUGACUUCUUGGUCUAGCUAUGACAUGAAAAGGAAGAAUACCUUGGAAAAGCACCUAACCGCUUUUUUCAAGUACACACUGCACGAAACAACGCCAUUUAAAGAUUUGCUAAAAGACAGAGAAAACCACUAUAAAUCAUAUGUAAAAGCUGAGAGGGAUUUAAACGCUAGGAAAGACAAACUAUGAACCAGAGGGGAUGUGCGCAACUGGGAACUAAACCCAAAUGACCAAUCAGUUGAUAUAACUGUCCUGCAAAAGGACAAGACGCUUGCCUUUACAAAGAUGUUACAUGAAGACACCAACUCUGUGAAAAAAUUGAGAGACAUGUAUGCUUACCACAAUUACAAACUAAAAGAAGAAGCUGAAUGGUUCGCUAACUAUAAACUGAACCGAAACAUGAGAGAGUUCGAAAAUUACGCAAGAAAAGAAAUCAAAACUGCAAACGCCCAGAAACUCUCAUGGGUAACUUUUAUAGAAAAAUUAAACCAGAUAGGCUAA